UUACCUUUCUGUCAGCGUGGCACGCAGUCGAACGUGGGUCAGUAGGAGUUCGAUGCACGUGAAGGUGACGUACUUGUCGCGAUCGUUGCCAUAGAUGUCACAGUGUUAUAAACUCGAGGUCCUCCGCGCGUUUCAGUUCGUUGAGAAUCACUGUCCUAGUCGGAUAUCCGGUAUUCCUCCGGGACUCCCCGUCACGAUUUACCUGGCGAAUCGAUCAGGAUGAACAAGCAGGGACGACAAAACGCUGCUUUCAUUGGAGACGAUGGCCACGCCACUACUGAUUUUCAACGUCCCGCAACAGGUGACGAUGAAAAGUUUCGUGAUAACAACAGCUCCCUCGACUUUUCUUAUGGAACUCAGCACGAUCGUAAAUUCCCACUUUCCUUGUCGCUCUCGGAGGGAACAACUGUCGCGGAAAGCCAAACGGAGAGAGAUACUUGGGGCAACGGUUUAGAAUUCUUGAUGUCCUGCAUCGCCAUGUCCAUAGGUCUUGGCAAUGUUUGGCGAUUUCCAUUCACGGCCUACGAGAAUGGCGGCGGAGUAUUUCUAAUACCUUACAUCAUCGUCCUGUUUCUUGUUGGCAAACCGUUUUAUUACCUGGAGAUGAUUAUGGGGCAAUUCUGCAGUAGAUCCUCGGUGAAAAUAUGGUCGGCAGCGCCUGGAUUUCGAGGAGUUGGUUGGGCACAAAUGUUCUCUAUGCUCUCAGUAGGGACAUACUACUGUUUCUUGAUGUCGAUAACACUUUACUACCUGGUCGCAAGUUUUCAAUCGCCGCUCCCUUGGUCCACAUGUUUGCAAGAAUGGGGAAAUUUUUGCGCCGAUUCAGGAGGCUCUUACAACGUUAGCAAACAGAACAGCACCAACAUGACUAUGAGCUCUGCCGAGCUUUACUUCAAAAAAAUCGUGCUGAAAGAAAAGCAGAGUAUCGACGACGGUAUCGGACUGCCCGACUGGAGUUUGACGAUUUGCCUGUUCGUCGCAUGGGCCUGUAUUUUCGCUGUCUUGGCACGUGGCGUGAAGAGCUCAGGGAAAGCGGCCUAUUUCCUCGCCAUCUUUCCUUACAUCAUCAUGAUAAGCUUGCUGGUCAGAGCGGUUACUCUGGAAGGUGCCGUGAACGGGAUCAUUUUCUUCAUAAAACCGAACUGGAAGAAGCUAUUCGAGGCACACGUCUGGUACGCGGCUGUUACACAGUGUUUCUUUUCACUGUCGGUCUGCUUCGGUGGUGUUAUCAUGUACUCGUCGUACAAUGACUUCAGACAUAAUAUAUACAGAGAUGUCAUAGUUGUAACCACGCUGGACACGUUUACCAGUUUAAUGGCUGGUUUCACCAUUUUUGGUAUCCUUGGGAAUUUAGCUCACAAACUGGGCAUCGAGGAUGUCAGCAACGUUGUCCGCGGUGGAACCGGUCUUGCUUUCGUCUCUUAUCCAGAUGCCAUUGCGAAGUUUACUGUUCUGCCUCAGUUCUUCUCGGUACUCUUCUUCUUAAUGCUCUACGUCCUCGGGAUCGGAAGUGCAAUCGCGUUGGCUGGUGCUCUCAUCACUAUUAUCAGCGACCAGUUUCCAAAUCUGAGGCACAUAUACAUAGUGAUCGGCACAGUUACCUUUGGAUUUCUUGCUGGAAUUAUUUACUGCACGCCUGGUGGUCAGUUCAUGCUGGAAUUAGUCGAUUUCUACGCUGGGUCAUUCGUAGUGUUCAUUUUGGCUACUCUCGAGAUAACCGGGAUCUUCUGGGUGUACGGUUUGGAGAACUUCUUGGACGACGUGGAAUAUAUGUUGAAGAAAAGGCCGUCGGCUUACUGGAGAGUUUGCUGGGCCAUCGUUGUCCCACUUUUACUGGCUGUGAUCCUAAUUUAUACCAUAGUCACCCUGAAGCCCCUGACUUACAGUAACAUCUCGUAUCCUAACAGUGCCCACGCGGCUGGAUGGACACUUUGCGCGUUUGGUAUACUGCAAAUACCCUUCUGGAUGAUUUACACCAUAAUGUCGAAAAGAAAUUUAACACCCGUCGAGAUGAUAAAGUCUGCCUUCGUACCUUCGCCGGACUGGGGACCGAAGAAUCCCAAAGAACUGGCUUCCUGGCGCGAGUUCAAAGAGACCAGAAGGAAAUUACGAGAGAAACGCGACUGCUCCAGAAUCAAACAAUUCGUCUACGUGAUGCUCUGUUGGGAGGAUAAGCUCAUCUAACGAAGAAAAUUCAAAAGCCCUGAUGCAAUUUCCAUUCGAAAUCGAUACCAUUCUUUAAACAAAUUCGACACAACGCAUGGACAUUAUGUGGAUUUUUCUUGGAAAUCUUGCUUUCGCUCCACGAAUGAAACAUAGUCGACGAGUCGUUAACCCUUUCGUCUUUACACGCGAAAACAAUCAGUAUUGCAGUACUUUUAAUAUCUUUUGAAACCUUUUAACGCGUCCGAUUGCGAAUUUUGCUGUUGCAUACGUUGCAGUAAUUUCGUUUCCUCUCAAUGAAGUUAGUACUAGAAUACUGCUGAAUUAAUUGAUAUUAACUCUUCGUAGGCAAUCUGAGUCGUUCACGUCACCGUGUAUUUCUUCAAAGCAAAUUUUCAUUGUUUCUGAAAAACGUCGUAAAAAUUUUAUUUAAAAAUUGAUUGCGUCAUUAGAAGUAGUAAAGGUUUCAUCGAGCAAAGCGUGAAUUUUUCUUCACAUUUUUCUACGAAUAACACACGAUAAUAUUUGUGUCUACCUGCAGAGAGUUAAUUGAUAUUAUUCAUCCUGACAACCUAACUGAUCAUUUUAACGUGAAUCUUUUUCGUAGAAAGUCUUUGAAGCUGAGAGGGUUAAAAUGACGAUGAUUUAAUAUUUAAUGAAUUAAAUACGCACAAAGAUAGAACACCGUUUUUGGUGUUACAAACACAGUAUUAAAUAUGCGUGCUAUAACUGCAUUUAGAAACUUUAAUUUAUAAGCGAACGUAAUUUUAUUUAUUAACGUUCUAACACGCCUAAUAACUAACUAAUAUUUUGUAUAAAUAGAAAUAUUAGUAAAAACAGAUCAAUGUGUGAUUAAGAGAAAGAUCUGACGCUUAAGCAACGAUGAAUUGAAGAACUACAUACAUCAAGUGAAACGAUCAAAGUUAAAUAGUUGAAAACUGAUUUUACAAGUAAUUACCAUAACUGUAUGUAUUCAAACUAAUUGUUGAAAUCGCAAUGUCCAAGAAGUAAUAUAAUCUGUCAUAUAGUAUAAUCUGUUUAAAUGUAUUAUUUCUUUAAUUGUUGAAAAUUAUAUGUAACAACUAUUUGGUUAAAUCUUACCUUGAGUUUGAGCGAAAAAUGCACGUUUUAUUUUAAAAAUUCACAACACAAACACAAAUCUAACAGCUGUUCAUUGGAAUGUUUACCUGAGAAUUUCUGGAUAAUAUUUUCUUCUUUACAAAGGCGGUGUGCUUCGUUCCGCCAUUUUAACCGCCACUUUCCAGUUAAAAAUCGAUCAUGAGAUCGAUUACGUUCGAGAAUCGUAGGAAGUGUAUUCCGUAUUUCGCCGUGUAGCGGCGCUGUAUUCACACGAAAUGCUAACUUGAAAUAAAAAAUAAAAAACUCUAGUUUAAA